AGGAGAUACAAGUCAUAUUAUACAGGAGAUACAGGUCAUAUUAUACAGGGACAGGAGAUACAGGUCAUAUUAUACAGGAGAUACAGGUCAUAUUAUACAAGAGAUACAGGUCAUAUUAUUCAGGGACAGGAGAUACAGGUCAUAUUAUACAGGAGAUACAGGUCACAUUAUACAGGGACAGGAGAUACAGGUAAUAUUAUACAGGAUAUACAGGUCAUAUUAUACAGGAGAUAAAGGUCAUAUUAUACAGGAGAUACAGGUCAUAUUAUACAGGAGAUACAGGUCAUAAUAUACAAGGACAGGAGAUACAGGUCAUAUUAUACAGGAGAUACAGGUCAUAUUAUACAGGAGAUACAGGUCACAUUAUACAGGGACAUGAGAUACAGGUCAUAUUAUACAGGAGAUACAGGUCAUAUUAUACAGGAGAUACAGGUCAUAUUAUACAGGAGAUACAGGUCAUAUUAUACAGGAGAUACAGGUCAUAUUAUACAGGAGAUACAGGUCAUAUUAUACAGGAGAUACAGGUCAUGUUAUACAGGAGAUACAGGUCAUAUUAUACAGGAGAUACAGGUCAUAUUAUACAGGAGAUACAGGUCAUAUUAUACAGGAGAUACAUGUCAUAUUAUACAGGAGAUACAGGUCAUAUUAUACAGGAGAUACAGGUCAUAUUAUACAGGAGAUACAGUUCAUAUUAUACAGGAGAUAAAGGUCAUAUUAUACAGGAGAUACAGAUCAUGUUAUACAGGAGAUACAAGUCAUAUUAUACAGGAGAUACAGGUCAUAUUAUACAGGGACAGGAGAUACAGGUCAUAUUAUACAGGAGAUACAUGUCAUAUUAUACAGGAGAUACAGGUCAUAUUAUACAGGAGAUACAGGUCAUAUUAUACAGGAGAUACAGGUCAUAAUAUACAGGGACAGGAGAUACAGGUCAUAUUAUACAGGAGAUACAGGUCAUAUUAUACAAGAGAUACAGGUCAUAUUAUACAGACAGGAGAUACAGGUCAUAUUAUACAGGAGAUACAGGUCAUAUUUUACAGACUGGAAAUACAUGUCAUAUUAUACAGGGACAGCAGAUGCAGGUCAUAUUAUUCAGGGACAGGAGAUACAGGUCAUAUUAUACAGGAGAUACAGGUCAUAAUAUACAAGGACAGGAGAUACAGGUCAUAUUAUACAGGAGAUACAGGUCAUAUUAUACAGGAGAUACAGGUCAUAUUUUACAGACUGGAAAUACAUGUCAUAUUAUACAGGGACAGCAGAUGCAGGUCAUAUUAUUCAGGGACAGGAGAUACAGGUCAUAUUAUACAGGAGAUACAGGUCAUAUUAUACAGGAGAUACAGGUCUUAUUACACAUGAGAUAAAGGUCAUAUUAUACAGGAGAUACAGGUCAUGUUAUACAGGAGAUACAGGUCAUAUUAUACAGGAGAUACAGGUCACAUUAUACAGGGACAGGAGAUACAGGUAAUAUUAUACAGGAGAUACAGGUCAUAUUAUACAGGAGAUACAGGUCAUAUUAUACAGGAGAUACAGGUCAUAUUAUACAGGAGAUACAGGUCAUAUUAUUCAGGGACAGGAGAUACAGGUCAUAUUAUACAGGAGAUACAGGUCACAUUAUACAGGGACAGGAGAUACAGGUAAUAUUAUACAGGAUAUACAGGUCAUAUUAUACAGGAGAUAAAGGUCAUAUUAUACAGGAGAUACAGGUCAUAUUAUACAGGAGAUACAGGUCAUAAUAUACAAGGACAGGAGAUACAGGUCAUAUUAUACAGGAGAUACAGGUCAUAUUAUACAGGAGAUACAGGUCACAUUAUACAGGGACAUGAGAUACAGGUCAUAUUAUACAGGAGAUACAGGUCAUAUUAUACAGGAGAUACAGGUCAUAUUAUACAGGAGAUACAGGUCAUAUUAUACAGGAGAUACAGGUCAUGUUAUACAGGAGAUACAGGUCAUAUUAUACAGGAGAUACAGGUCAUAUUAUACAGGAGAUAUAGGUCAUAUUAUACAGGAGAUACAUGUCAUAUUAUACAGGAGAUACAGGUCAUAUUAUACAGGAGAUACAGGUCAUAUUAUACAGGAGAUACAGGUCAUAUUAUACAGGAGAUACAGAUCAUGUUAUACAGGAGAUACAAGUCAUAUUAUACAGGAGAUACAGGUCAUAUUAUACAGGGACAGGAGAUACAGGUCAUAUUAUACAGGGACAGGAGAUACAGGUCAUAUUAUACAGGAGAUACAGGUCAUAUUAUACAGGAGAUACAGGUCAUAUUAU